CCAGACUUCUAUAAUAUGUAACACAUCAGAACAACUUUUUCAAAAGAGAGUGAUAAAUAAUAGUAAGACAUGAAGACUCCAACUUUCGUUUUGGCACUCUUUUUUUUAGCUUUGGCAGCUCAUAAUGGUAACGCAUACGACCCAAGCCCACUACAGGACUUUUGCGUAGCAUUUGAUGAUCCCAAAGAUAUGCUGUUCGUGAAUGGGAGAUUUUGCAAGAACCCGGAGCUGGUGAAAGCAGAGGACUUCUUCUUCUCAGGAAUCAACAUACCGGGCAACACAGACAACGCAGUUGGAUCCAAUGUCACGGCUGUCUUCGUCGACAACCUGCCAGGGCUCAACACACUAGGAGUAUCCCUAGCGCGUAUCGACUUCGCCCCAUAUGGACUGAACCCGCCUCACACUCACCCGCGCGCCUCGGAAAUACUUUUCGUGGCGGAGGGAACACUGUACGUAGGUUUCGUUUCGUCGAACCAAGACGGGAACAGACUGUUCACGAAGGUUCUGAACAAGGGAGACGUGUUUGUGUUCCCCAUUGGAAUGAUUCACUUCCAGUUCAAUAUAGGAAAGACUCCAGCCUUAGCCUUUGCUGGAUUGGGAAGCCAGAAUCCGGGAGUGAUUACCAUUGCUAAUGCCGUGUUUGGAUCCAACCCACCAAUCAACCCUGAUGUUCUUGCUAAGGCUUUCAUGUUGGAGAAGAAUGUGGUUCAGUAUCUUCAGAAGCGGUUUGGGGCUUGUUCGUAAUCAUCAUAUCAUGAUCUUUUUAAAUAAUUAUGAACAAUAAUUACGGACUUACGUUGAUAUAUAUAGUUCAUCAUGUCCAUGUGGUGGACUAAUGAUGUAGUUAUGUCGACAAGAAUUAAAUAAAAGUAGUGCUAUUUAUUGAACAAUCAUACUGCAAAUAU